AUGUCGGCAUCUCCGCACUCCCCCAGUAACCGCCGCUUGGAUAAGCGCGCGCGUUCCAACGAGCCAGCCGGGGUGGUUGAUAGUGCCACAGCAACUCAGACACCUCGUGAAAUACCACCGGCUCCCGAUUCGCAAAUCCGGCACCGAACCAUUGCUUCUCGAAGUAGUGCUCCCAUGUCGUUCGAUCGUCACGCUUACGCGCCUGCUGCGCCAAUGCGGCCGUUUCGGACAUAUCAACCGGCGGAAACUGACCGCGUGGCCGAUGACAAUCGCCUGCUGCACACCAAGGUGACUGAGCACCCGGGUCGCAUCAGAGGCAACGUCACCAAGAGUGAAUUCUCCUUCGAAUUGCGUUCCGCCAGCAUUGCGUUGGUCGAAGCGAAUGACUCGGCCAAUGGUCGCAAGAUUCUCGGCCAGCAGCCCCCAGAACUCCAGCGGCAGAGUUGCGCCAUUAAACAGCAGAAAGUCAUAAGUGCCACCGCCAAUCACGUCAUAUCUGAUGGUCACCGUAUCGUUAACUUUGAUUUCCAUGCGCAUCAGCGUGACUCAGAGAAUAUCGCCUGGAGCGAGAGAUUUUUGCAGGACGGCGCCACAGUCAUCUGCGCGGACAUUGACGAAGCAGGUUUGCAGGAAAUGCAGCAACGUGGUGCGCUCAUCUUCUCCACCGAUGUGUCGAUUGAACGAAACGUCGAGGCACUUGUUAAGUUUGCGAUCCAAGAAACCGGCAGGAUCGACGUUCUCUUUAACAACGCCGGAUUUGGUACCAACCGACCCUUUGCAGAAGUUAAGAAGAACGAGUUCGAGCGGCACAUUGCCGUCCACCUUUUCGGUACCGUCUAUGGUAUGCGCUAUGCGCUCCCAUACAUGCUGGCCGCAGGAUACGGACGUAUCAUUAACACGGUUUCACGAGCAGCAGAGAUCUGCGGCCCCAGAAAUGCUGCUUAUUCGGCCGCGAAAGCAGGUAUCUGGUCGACCACGCGCUCGGUUCAGCAAGAGUACAAGGACGUCGACAUCCUGAUCAACAUGCUCAUUCCCGGGCCAACCAAUACCGCCAUCUGGGGACGACCAAUGCCUCAAAUGCAAUCGCCGGAGGUGACAUACCCGACUGCAAAGAUGCUCGCCACCCUGCCAGCCGAUGGGCCACGAGGAAAAGCAAUGUCUGUGAUGCAAAGACUUAACGAUCGUCCAGUAAUCGUAACUGGAGGCGGUAGCGGUAUUGGUAAAGGCACCUGCAGGCGUCUCGCCGAGGAGGGCGCGAAAAUUGGUAUUCUUGAUCGACGCUUUGAACUCGCACAAUCUGUGGCGCAGGAAAUUCAAGCCAGCGGGGGAGAGGCGAUUGCUGUUGCAUGCGACGUCACCCGCGAAGACCAGGUCAAAUCGGCUGUAAACCAGGUCGCGUCACACUAUGGUGGUCUCUACGGCAUGGUUGCAAAUGCAGGCACAUCGGGCGUUGGAUGGAUUCACGAAACAACCCUGGCAGACUGGCAGUUUGUAUUAGACGUCAACCUGAACGGCGCCUUCCUUGCCGCCAAAUACGCCAUUCCGCACAUGAUUGCUGGUGGCCGCGGUAGCUAUGUGGUCACAUCUUCGAUUGCAGGAUCGGUUAUCGGACCCGCCGGCUCCAAUGCAUCUUAUGCAGUUUCGAAGGCCGCUGUGAUUCAAUUGGCUAAACAAAUCGCCGUGGAUUAUGGCCCGCAGGGAAUUCGCGCCAAUGCGAUACAGCCCUCUGGCGUUGCUGAAAGCAACCUCAGCGCUCAUGCCCGCGAGGAUCGGGAGGCACAGACAACACCUGCGGCAGUACUUCCGCGUGGCCGGCCUUAUCAGCCAAUCUCCCGCCAGGGAGACCCAUAUGCAGACUACGGCGCCACGAUUGCGUUCCUGCUGUCCGAUGACUCCGGCUUCAUUACCGGCACGUCGAUUCUCAUAGAUGGGGGGCUGACUGCGACCUGA